GGAAGUCCUCGUGAUCAUUGCGACUCGACAGUUAUCGGCGACAGUUAUCAAUCCGGAAGAUCGAUUCUCGAUUGCUCGUGCGGCAUCUAGAACGCAGUUGCGCCGUUCGUUGUCGACGUAGCGCGGUACCUCGAGAGAGGACUAGAGGAGUAACACUUGCAGUAGUGCGAAGUGGUGCAUGCAAAGCCGACUGGAUCGGUGAUUUCCGCAAGGAGUAGAGCGAGGAAGAUCCCAGUCGUUUCUCGUUGUUCCUCGUGGUCAAUUUUAUCUUAGCCAUCGUUCGACUAUCCUUCGUAACUGUUUCGGAACUGCAACGACGGUGGCUGUGCACGCGGUCUCUCGUGGUCCAGCAAGUGCGGUUGCAGCGACAUCAGGAGCAAACCGGCGAGACAGUCGGAGCUAAAUCUGCUAAAUGGCACCGCGUAGGCAAGCGAAGCAGGCGGCGGUAGAAAGUGUCGUGGCUGCUGCUGACGGCAGCGUGACUCCGCCGAAGAAGAGGAAAAUAGCUGCAAAAUCAGCGACUGCGGACGAACCGAAGCAGACUAAGAGUAGAAGCCGGCAAGCAAAGGCGAAUAAGCGGGACAACGAGGUGGUUAGCGAGCCGGUGAGUCCGCCAAAAAAGUCACGCAGCAGGCAGAAAAAUGUCGCCGAUACUACUACCGUCGCGACUACCGCAAAAACCGGUUCGAAAAGUAGAAAACCUAAGAAGCAAAUCAAUAAGGAACCGGAGGAAAUGACGAUAGAGAACAACAAUGAGGAGAUGGCUGAGAAAAAGACUCGCGGCGGCAAGGCUGCGACAGUGGUGAAAAAGGCGGGAAAGAAGGCGACUGAAACAAAGUCAAAGGCUAAGGUUCCAGUUAUUAGGAAGCAAACUAGGACCAAGGAUGUAGAAAACAACCCUGAAAAUUUGGAAGAGGAAAAUAUUGAUAAUAAACAAAAAUCUGUUAAGAGGCCUCGUAUUCGUCGCGUAAAAAUGGUAGAAGAAAACGAUGCGCCAGCACAGUCAACUGCAAAGGUAUCUAGGAAACGUAGGAAUGUGGAGGAUGCGAAUGAAGCUACUGCAGAGGCACAGACUAAGGAGGAAGAGGACGAGGUAGAGGAGAAUGAAGCAAAGGCCAGUAAAAAACUCCGUGGGAGACAGAAGAAAAUAGGAACUGCUGAUGCACCUAUUGGAACUUCUAAAGGAAGAUCCAGGAAGAAUCCUGUAGAAGAAAUUGUUAAAUCAUCACCAAAGAAAACAGAAAGAAAAAAACAAAAUACAGCGAUACAAGAAGACAACCCAAAAACAAAAAAUGUGAAAAAUGCAAAAAAAGGAAAGACAAAAAAAGCUGCUUCCAAAAAAAAACUUAAUGCUGUAGAAGAGACCAAUGACGAUCAGGCAGAAGAAUCGAAUGAGGCAGAAGCAGCAACAACGUCUCAAGUGGAUGUCAAAGAAAAUGGAGAAGCAGAGCCUAAACAAAAGAAGAGAAAUGUGGGAAAAGCAACUGUGGCAGUGAACGGAAAGCAAAAUGGUAAUGAAGCUAAAGGAAAACAGAAAAAAGGACAAGUAGUUGCUGCAUCUGUUGAUGAGGAAAAAGCAACACAGGAUAUAGCUGCAGAGAAUGAAAUUAAAACAAAUGUAAUAUCAGAAAUUGAUGAAAAUGAUACAGUUGUUUCCUCGAGCAAAGAUGACAUUUUAGAGAAUGAAAAAGAAAAAAAUGUCAAUGAUGUAAAUUCGGUAAAAGAAGAGCCUCUCACAGAAAUAUCAAGUAAUGAAAGUUUUGUAUGAAAAUACUUAAAAAAAUACAGAACUAUUAAAAAAUUGAAUGGUAAGCCAGAAAUUACAUGGAAGAUAUCAACAAUAUUUUAUAUUUGACUAAUAGAAACGCACAUAAAGAUAACCAAAAAAAUAAAUAUCCUUUUUAGAACAUAAGAUUUCUAGAAUUGAUAGGAUCCGAUACUCAAGUCAAGUCAUAACUACAGUGAAGGAUCAAGGACUUAAUAGGUAAGGAAGGUGGGACAGAGUAAAUGGGAUUGGGCCUUGACUCUUCACUGUAGUUAUGACUUGGCUUCAGUAUCAAAUCCUAUCAAUCCUAGGAAUCUUAUGUUCUAAAAAGGAUAUUUAUUUUUUUGGUUAUGUUUAUGUGCGUUUCUAUUAGUCAAUAAAUAUAAAAUAUUGUUGAUAUCUUCCAUCAUUUCUGGCUUACCAUUCAAUUUUUU